AAUGUUGGGGCAGAUCAUAUGUUGGGGCAGCUAAUCAAACCCACGCGAGAUGAUAAGCACGGGAAAGUUGAUCUUCGUCCCCUUUGUAAUUCAAAUGACCCAGCUAGCUCGGUUGAUACAUCAAUCUCGCAUAAUGAAUCAACAUAUCCUCCUAAAGCUACGGGAGCGUCUGAUGUAAUUGCAGAUAAAAAUAUAAAAGAAAAUACGCAAGUAACAGAAGAAGAACGCAAACGAGACCGUAAAAAAGCUUUGAGGAGAGCUGCAUAUCGGCAGAGAAAAGAUCGGAAUCUCCAAGAUGAACAUGCACAGGCCCUUAUUUUAUCUGCCAACCCAACUAGCUCCAACUAUACAUCAUUCUCGGUUGAUGCGACGACAUUUCAAGCUACAACUACUGUCACAUCUGGUCUCAUUAAUGACAUGGAGGUACAAGAUGUGGUCUUGAAUAACACCCAAGAAACAAAGCAAAAAACCGACGAAGAACUCAAGAGAGAUCGUAGAAACGCCCUGCGGAGAGCUGCUUAUAGGAGGAAAAAGGAUAAGCUUAUCCAUGAUGAAAACAUACGUCCACUUUCGUUAUCAGGUAAAACAUGAUCUAUAUUUUCACCAUGACUUACAUAUCUUGUUUUGCUGCUCAUAGCUAAAUAUUCUUAUAGCCACCAUCAUGCUCGAUGCGUACAGUUUAA